AUGGGUCGUGUUAUCCGUGCCCAGAGGAAGUCGGGUGGUAUCUUCAAGUCCCACACCCACCACAACAAGAACCCCGCUCGUCUCCGCAACCUCGACUUUGCUGAGAAGAACGGUUACGUCCGUGGUGUCGUCCGCGAGAUCAUCCACGACGCCGGCCGUGGUGCUCCCCUCGCCACCGUCGUCUUCCGCGACCCCUACCGCUACAAGCUCCGCAAGGAGACCUUCAUCGCUGCCGAGGGCAUCUCGACCGGCUCGUUCAUCUACGCCGGUAAGAAGGCCGCCCUUUCCAUCGGCAACGUCCUCCCCGUCGGCCAGUGCCCUGAGGGUACCAUCAUCUUCAACGUCGAGGAGAAGGUCGGUGACCGUGGAGCGCUCGCCCGUACCUCCGGCAACUACGCCACCAUCAUCGGCCACAACGAGGACGGCAAGACCCGCAUCCGUCUCCCCUCCGGCUCGAAGAAGACCAUCUCGUCUUCUGCCCGUGCUACCAUCGGUGUCGCCGCUGGUGGUGGCCGUGUCGACAAGCCCUUCCUCAAGGCCGGCCGCAAGUACCACGCCAUGCGCGCCAAGCGCAACUCGUGGCCCCGUACUCGUGGUGUUGCUAUGAACCCCGUCGACCACCCCCACGGUGGUGGUAACCACCAGCACAUUGGUAAGGCCUCUACCCUCGCCCGCGACGCCUCCGCCGGUCAGAAGGUUGGUCUUAUUGCUGCCCGUCGUACCGGUAGGAAGACCGGUAAGGUCGUUGUCGAGUAA